ACAAAGCAAAGUCGUCCAUCAUUGAACGACGAGAGCUUGUACGGUUCGGUCGCGUUUUGUACUUUGUUUUGCGAAGAAAAGACAGAAGCUUGAAACUAUUUUAUUUGUUUCAUUGUGUGCUAUAGAUAAAAAAGCUGUUAAAUUUCCAUGUUUGUGUGUUUGUGAAAAUUUGCUAUUGUUUUGCCUUCAAUCAGUGCAGCAUCUAUUCAUACUGCUGUCAGUGAAAAUGCAGUGAAGUGCAAUAACAUAAAACGCCUAUCUUGCUGAUGACUGCGGUGCGAUGGGAUUGAUUUAGGAAUUGUGUCUGUUUUUUUUGACAGAAUCAUAAUUGAUGUUUUUUUCGUAAGCGUGACAAGUCGGUUUAAGGAGUAAAAAUGCCGUGCAAAUAUCGUUUUUAGUCAUCCCACUUACAGCUGCGACGGCCAUCAAGUAAGCUCGACCCAAAAUAUAAGCGAAAGCGAAGCAAUAGUGACGACGAAGAAUGACACAAAAAGGUUUCCCCCUGGUGUUUGUGUUGCUGCUUGCUUGCUUUCGGAGUGUUGUGCAAAGAAACACUACCCUGAUAAAUUAAUGUGCAUAAAGCAGAGCGAAAAGUGGAAAAUAUGCUAAUUGCUGCUAGUUUUACUCAAAAUACGGUGCAAUAAUAAGUCCCCAUCUUCAUUAGUAAGUAAGAGUGCCAGUUUUCUGCCGUGGGUUAUACGAGAGCGGAUGUUUUAGGAGAUAAGCCUGGAAGCUAAAACAUGAUCUGGAUAAUCGGCACCAGAAUCGUGCACUGUUACGCCUGUCGUUGAUCUGUGCUGGGAUUUACAUCACGGUCGUCUAGAAUUCAGCUGUGGAUUUGAAGAAAUGGCGUCACUGAAGGUCGCUGUUCGCGUAAGACCUUUCAAUCAAAGGGAAAAUGAACUGGACUCCAAACUCAUCGUCCAGAUGGACGGCAAAAAGACCCGGCUGCUCAAACCAAAGUAUGCCGGAUCCGCCGGGGCCCGGAUGGAGCUGAUGAACCGCGGUGGACCGGAGCCUUUCAAUGAUUUUACCUUUGACCAUUCGUACUGGUCGGUGGAUGAAUCGGAUGCACACUACACCCCGCAGGACAAGGUCUUUGACGAUCUCGGGACGGAAAUUGUCGAUUGUGCGUUUCAAGGUUACAAUGCAUGCGUUUUUGCGUACGGCCAAACCGGAAGUGGCAAAACAUUCACCAUGAUGGGUACGGCGGAAGCUCAAGGUCUGAUACCACGAAUAUGCCGUUCGCUGUUCGGCCGAAUGAAACUGGGCCAGGAGGAAGGCGUGGGUUACAAAACGCAGUGCUCCUAUCUGGAAAUUUACAACGAACGGGUAAAGGAUUUGCUGGGACCGAGUGGAGCCGGUCAUGGGUUGAGAGUACGCGAACACAGAACGCUGGGACCGUACGUGGAAAAUCUUUCGCAGCAUCCGGUGUCCGAUUAUGGUGAAAUUCAGAACUGUAUGGUACAGGGUAACAUCCAGCGGACCACAGCCAGCACCAACAUGAACGAUACCAGCAGUCGGAGUCAUGCCAUUUUCACCAUCACCUUUGUGCAGGCCCGAUAUUUGGACGACAUGCCCAGCGAAACGGUGUCCAAGAUUCAUUUGGUGGAUUUGGCGGGAAGUGAACGAGCGAAUGCCACGGGAGCUACCGGUCAACGGCUGAAGGAAGGUGCCCACAUAAACAAGUCACUGGUCACACUGGGUAGCGUGAUAUCGGCACUAGCAGAGCAAACCAAUCCGACGCAUAAUAAAAGAAUCCUGUAUAUUCCCUACCGGGACUCGAUCCUAACUUGGCUGCUGAAAGACAGUCUCGGAGGAAACAGUAAAACUAUUAUGAUAGCAGCCAUUUCUCCGGCGGACGUGAAUUACAGUGAAACGCUGAGUACGCUUCGGUACGCAAAUCGAGCCAAGAACAUCAUCAACAAACCAACGAUCAACGAAGAUCCGAACGUCAAGUUGAUCCGCGAGUUGCGCGACGAAAUCUACAAACUGAAGAUGAUGCUUUCCAGCGACGGAUCUUCGUUGGAACCGUCCCUGAAAGUACUGGAAGAUCUGCACAAAAAGGAAGCCCAGGAAAAGGUGCUGACCGAGGAGUGGACGGAAAAGUGGCGCGAGGCACAGUCCAUUCUGCGCGAGCAGAAAUCACUCGGGCUGCGAAAGUCUGGAGUGGGAGUUGUGUUGGAUUCCGAGAUGCCUCACCUGAUUGGAAUUCACGACGACAUCAGCACCGGAGUUACGCUUUACAGUUUGAAAGAGGGUGAAACAACCAUCGGCACGGCUGAAGCCCCGUUUCCCCAGGACAUCUCCCUGAAUGGUAUUGGCAUCCAUCCCGAACACUGUCGGAUUGUAUUGAACAAUGGAAAUGCCACGAUCUAUCCGAAUCCGUCGGCAACCUGUCUGUUGAAUGCGAAUAGCAUCGAAGCUCCGACGGCCAUCAGUCAGGGUGACAUCCUGUUGCUUGGUCGAACGAACAUGUUCCGCUACAACAAUCCGGCCGAGGCAGCUAAGCUGCGUCAGGAUAACAAUCAUGCCCAGCGUUCGUCUCGGUUGGAUCUGUCCCGACUGUCGUUGAUUGCGGCAUCACGGGAAAAUCUGUGCAGUAGUUUUAUGAGUGACGACGACAAUUUAACUUCACCACAGAAUCCGAUGCGCUUCCGGCAGUACACGCCCAGUCGGGAAGACACUGAACUACAGGAUGAACAUCGGAAAAUCCUACAGACGAUCGAAAAUGCUCUGAAACAGUUGAAUCUGGAGCGAGCACGAAUGCACGAACAGUUCAAGAGCAAAAUUCAGCUGUGUCGAGACGAACUGGACCGGCUGGAGAGCAGCAAACGCGACCGGUUGAUGAUUCUCGAUUGUCGAAUAGACGAGUUGAUGGCCCGUCGGGAAAUGAUACUCUGGGAGAAGAGUAACGAAAGGACCCAGGUGGACAUUUUAGUUCGACAGCUCUCGGCACUGCAAACGCAGCUAGACACGAAGAAGCGCGAUUUCUACGAGUACGUCGCCAAAGAACUCCAAGAGCUGCAGGAUUGCGGUAAACUGGACGAGGCUAGCAUAGAGCUAAUUCAUAACGCACCGCAUACGGAAGACUACUCGGAAACGUUGCUCACCAUCUCGAAGUCAUUGGAUAACUAUUCGGCACAAUACGUUCGGGAGUACAUCCGACGGAAUCGCGAGGAACUGGACAAGUACGAACGGGAACUCCACGCGAAGGAAUCCUUGCUUGACGAGAGCAAUCGUAAGAUUGCCGAACUGGACCAGAAGAUUGGUGAGCUGGAACAACAGAAUCAAGAGCUGCUGCAGCAGCGGUCUCAGCUCGAGAUGGAAGAGAUGCAGAGGAAGAAACAAUCGAUGACACUGAACCUUGCCAAAACAACCAACAUGACGAUGGAACCCGAUCCGAACGGGGCCGGUGAUCAGCAGCUGAGAUCACCUUCGGUGUCCGAGUCCCGUACAUUGGAAACGUGCGAUACUUUCCAUACUGCGAAUUCGGACUGUUCGUUUGUGUCGGCUCUGAACACCCCGGCCCUGGAAGCUCUCGGUGGUCAUCUUUUGCCAACACCCAACAGUAACAGCAGUUCGGCCGAGGGUACCGAAUCGGGAGUGGAUCACGAGUCGGACUUCGAGGAGGCCGGUUUGGUGGGUGGUCAAGGGAUGAGUGACAGCGGGGUUAGCUUCGAAACUAACAAGCUGAGCAGUGAGAGCAACGGAAAACUGAACGGAAAGUUACUGUUCCGAACGGAUGAUCACUGUCUGUUGCUUUCCACGUCCACUCCGAACCCGAAGUACGCCAAUAAAACGUUGAUUGUGAAUGGGAGUAAAAUUGAGAUCAGUGACGGUUUGUCAGGGUCCGGAGAGGACGGGCGGAUUCGAGGCUCCAGUGAUGAAUCGGAUGAAAACUAUGAGCACGGUCCGGAAACGGUGGAUAACAAUGUCACGAGAACGACCCAAUUGGUGCGGUUAGGAGGUAAUAACAAGAAUAUUAUGAGGACGGAGAUUUUCGAUAUCAGACACGGAAUCCAUCCGUUGCGGGUGAGUAGUCGAAAUGGGGACGACGACGAAGAUGAUGAGGACGACGAACGACAUUCUCAUUCGUCUUCGCUGGACAAUAACUCGAUCAAUUCGUCAACGGCAAACCUGAUUCUGUGCGAAAUGAAUCUGCUUCGGGAGAGCAUCGCCACGAAGAAGGCGGAAAUUAUGAAGAUUCUGGAAACGAACGGUGACAAAUCGCAACUGGAUGGGAAAAUCAACGAACUGGAAGAUCUGCAAAAACGAAUCGUUCUGCUGGAAAUCAAGGUGCAGGAUGUGGAGAAAGCCGCCUGCCUGUCGGAUGGCGAUGGCGGAGGAAUUGAGUCGACUCGAGACUUGCCGGGAAGUUUUACCGACAGCGACGAUAGCCGAAUCAAUUCCUGUAUCUAUUCGGACUACGUGCGACGACGGACGGAGGGAAGCAUCUAUGCACCGAGUGUGACCCGUUCGCUACCAUCCAUCGACAGUUCGUACCGGUCUGAAUACCUGAUCAAUAUUCCAACGUAUAUCAUUCGAGGAGCGGGAAAACAAACCCACUACGAAUAUGAGGUGAAAAUCAAUCUGCCGGACGAUCGGUGGACUUUACUGAGAAGGUACAGUCGGUUCCGGGAGUUGCAACUCAAAAUGAAGAACGUUUAUGGCGAAAAGGUAUCAGCGAUUCCGUUUCCCCGGCGGGAGUUUUUUGCCUCUAAUACGGAAUCGGUGGCGAAAAACCGUCGCCGUCAGCUGGAGAUUUACCUGCGACGGUUGCUCGUCGUCUGUUCGAAAAUACCGCAGAGUCCGAUCUACGAAGGCGAAGGCCGCCCGGGUCUGACCAAGGCUACCCUCAUCGAGUUGCAUGCCGGUUUCUUCAAGAAGGGUCUAUUCGAAACCGGAAAGCACGGAACGGGUUAGGAUUGUAAGCAAAUAACAAAACGAACAGAAAACUAAGAGCUAAAGCAAAAACUACAAGGCGACAAAGAAUUUGUAAGGCUGAUUUUUAGACAACGGUGUGUAAAUUUGUAGCUGGUAAGUUUUUGUUAGUUUUAUUUCCAUUUUAAAGUUAAGACAUGUUUGCUAGCCAAGACACACACACACACAAACACAGACGAAGAGCAGGAACAGUGAUGAGGACAAUAAAUGCGCUAGUUUCGGUAGUUAACUACAAGUGAUGCCGAGCGGGAAAACGGAAGCAAUCUCUUGUUUUCGAUUUGGAAUCCCAAUUUGUUUUCCAGGUUAUUUCUUUUUUGUUAUUGGGUAAAAUUGGGCUUGCUCCAGCUUUGACAGUGACUCAAAACUGCGAGUCUAAGACCUCUUCCGAUAACGAGAGCCUAACCAGGAAUUUAGACAAAACGAUUAUUCAAUACAACUAGAUAAGUAUGCAAUUUAUUUGUUCAUGAUCGAUCGUGUAUUGCCUUAUGUAUGAACAAAUGUAGAGAAAUUGGUUCGGAGAUUCUUUCGUGAUGAUUUCGACUCACAACACACAUGUACACAUAUACAAACAACUGUGAUUUUUCAUCCCCCUUAUGAGAGAAUAUCAAUCCCGUAGAAUGGAGGAUAACAAUUAGUUUCAUUGGUAAGUGCGUUAGUUUAGAAAAAAAACCACGUUAGAUGAAGUUAUAUUUUUAAACUACAACAAAAAACCAACCCCUGUUAACGUAAGAAGAUAGAGCAAACGACGUAAACCGAGCUGCGUUGUCCUAUAAAUCGUUACUGUAUUAGUUGGUGAGUUUGAAUUUGUUAAACAAGAAAAACGAAAGUGAAAAAGAGAGCUUUUUCAGAUUUACGUGAUCCUAAUUCCUAGGUUUGUAAGAAUAGUUUCUAAGUGUUGACAGUGAAGAUCAUUAGUAAAAAACAAAAACGUACUAAAAAAAUUUAUCCUAAGAAAAAGAUAAUUCAGUAAUUAAACGUUCAAAUCAAUGUAAUCGUGCUUGAAACGAAUGAAAAAUAAAAUACCUAAUAUUUGUUAGUUGCCGUAUAACAACACUAGCAAGCACAGUUCGGUGUUGCAAUCAAAUUAAUAGGUUCCAUAAAAUAUACUAUAGCCUAGUGAUGAGAUGAACAUCAAAAAUAUGGAGUUAAGCAAAAGAUUUGAGCCAACAUACGAUUGGCGAGCGUUUUUGUAUCAGAAUAGAAAAUUACUAAAUUGUAAACAACUGUGA